AUGUUGGGAGACGAUGGAAGUAAAGAAGUAUCAGGAAGCAACAUGGGUUCAGAACAACGCAAUUUGAAGCGAUCAAGUAAUGUGAUAGACAAUGAAAGUGAGAAUGCGUCAAAGAGUGAAGUCGUGAAAAAACAGAAAACAAAAAAGACUGAUGUGAUU